AUGGCCGGUCUCAGCGUAGGCGACACGGUCCUGGUGCCAGGCGACAUGCACGGCACAGUCAAGUUCAUCGGGCGCGUGGAUGGGAAGAAGGGUAUAUUUGCAGGCGUGCAGCUUGCGACAGAGUACGCCCCUAGAGGCAAGAAUUCAGGCGAUGUUGACGGAAGAUUUUACUUUAAAACCGCAAUCCCAGGGUCAGGCAUUUUUCUUCCUGUAGAAAAGGCCGUCAAGAAGACGAUGGGCUUGGGUGUCCGUGCAAGCCCAGGCCCUGGGACGCCUACCCGCCUCAGCAGUUUUAAUCAAGGUGGUCGCACGCCUGGGACGGGUAUUGCGAAACCAAAUUUCAGUCAAUCAAUCGGACCAGGAGUCAGGGCCGGCGCCGCAAGCCCAGCGCUGAAACCACCAGUGCGCAGGGAGAGCCUGCCACGCCCUUCGAGCCCUCUCCGCAAGACCGCAACUCCGACUGGAAAGGCUCUGGCUACACCUAAGACACGGCCCAGUGGCAUCGGGAUGGGCCUUGGGAAAAGUACGAAUGGCGGGACUGGGUAUAGACCUGGUACAGGACGGCCAACGACGACUUUUAGCCAAAAUUUACGACACAGCACAACGACACCCAGUGUGGAGAGUGGUACAAGCCCGUCCUUGGGCCCUGAAUCAAGUUUCGACGAAGGCUCCGGAGAAGGGCAAAACACGCCCACGCCAACACCACAUGCAAAUCGAGGUGUAGAUGUCGAGCAGUAUGAGAAGAAGAUCCGUGAAUUGAAUGAGGAGCUUAGUGUCGCGAGACGACAAUUGCGUGAUCAGGGCGCCAAUUUUGCAGAGAUGGAGAGCAGUUUUAAUGAAUUGCAAAAGCUACUGCCUAACCUGGAGGCCAGCAAAAGGAAUGGAGAAGAAGAUGAUGAUGACCUGCCUCGCGAUGUUGCCGAGCUCAGGGAGAUUGUCCGGGAGAAAAACGACAAGAUCAAAAUGCUCACUGCGGAGUUUGAUAUCAAUCGUGCCGAUUUCAGAAGCACUAUUGAUACACUAGAGAUGGCCAGUACAGAGACGGAGCGUGUCUAUGAAAAGAGGGUCGACGAACUGCUGGAGGAGGUGAGGAAUCUCCAAGAUCGAAGCGAGGAUGUCGAGUCGGUUGCACAACAGCUUAAGCAGCUCGAAGAACUUGUGCAGGAGCUUGAGGAAGGCCUUGAAGAUGCAAGGAGAGGAGAGGCUGAAGCGAGAGGGGAAGUUGAGUUCUUGAGGGGCGAAGUCGAGAGAUCGAGGUCAGAGUUACGACGAGAGCGCGAACGCUUAAAGACGGAAGAACAGCUCAAUGGAUAUUCGGCGGGCGACGUUGAGGAUCUCAAAGCCCAACUGAGUGCAAAAGAUGAUGAGAUCAGAGGGUUGAAGGCGAUCAUUCAGAGUCUCAAUGAAACCCACGACAAAUCUCCCAAGAUGAAUGGGUCAAAGCCCAACGGCCUGAGCACGAGAAAAGAGAAGCCGUCUGAUGAUGCAGACGGGGAGGAGAACCGAUUAAGCCUACGCCAGCAAAUCCGGGAUCUUGAGAUGUUACUGCAACAGAAGAGUGCGCACGAGGAAGAGCUUGCAAACGAGGUCAAGCAUCUGAGAAACAGUGUUGCCUUGUCGAAAUUCCCGAUGCCAGGCUCCGCAUUCGGUCUGCAUACCUCUGUCCGGUCACUACCAGGUGGGCAUUCGAGAGGAAAUAGUGAAGAUAUGGAUCGAAAGCAUCUCAGCACUGGUACCACGGGGAGUCAGAGAACCGUUGUGCUAGGGCGCAGUUCCGCUCCACAGGGCAACGUGCACGAUUGGCAAGACGUCAACCGACGAAGUGCGUCGCCUCUCAAACACGAUCAGAUGGACGAUGCGGUAACGGACAUUUCCAGCUCGAGUGCGCCGCUGUGGUGCGAAAUUUGUGAAGAAGGUGGCCACGACAUCUUGACUUGCUCGAACAUGUUCGGACCAGGGAAGAGCAGUAACAGCCAGGGCAGUCUGGGAAAAAGAAGCGGGAAGGAUGUUGUCCGUGAAGGCCUACGACGGAGUGGUGAUCAAAGUCAGAUCUUGUCGGGCGCGGACUCGGAUCGGCCUGCACCUUUGGUCAGUCGAAAAGCCAACAACAAUGCUACUACGAGUACGGCUGGUGCUUCGAUAGUCACGAGUCCGCCACCGACAGGCACCUUACCUCCGCCACCCUCGCUUCCACUUCCACAUGCCCUCGAAGACGACAAACCACCCACACCUCCCGCAAAGGAUGACACCCCCGCGUCUUCAGCGCCUGUUCCCGCUUCCGCGAUUGAGGGCACGGGCAUUCAAGCGGGUAUGUUGGCUGGCCGGACGAGUGGAGUCAUCGACCCCGAGAAAUGGUGCGCCUUGUGUGAGAGAGAUGGUCACGAUUCAGUCGACUGUCCUCUCGAGGAUGCUUUCUAG